AUGGCAUCAGAACUUUGUAAGAUGAUCUUUGUGGCAAGACUGGAAAAGCACAGAUAUUUGUUUUUAAAUUACAAGAAUCUGCACCAUUUCCCACUGGAGUUACUGAAAGAUGAGGGUCUACAGUACCUAGAGAGACUCUACAUGAAAAGGAAUUCUCUUACGACCUUGCCAGAAAAUCUUCCUCAGAAGCUUCCAAACCUUGUGGAACUUUACCUUAAUUCAAAUAACAUAGUUGUGAUUCCUGAAGCCAUUGGUUCCCUUGUAAAACUCCAGUAUCUGGACCUUAGUGAUAAUGCCUUAGAAAUUGUUUGCCCGGAAAUUGGUCAUCUGAGAGCAUUACGUCAUCUUCGAUUAGCAAAUAACCAACUACAAUUUUUGCCACUUGAUUUAGGACCAUCUCCAGAACUACGAUACGUGUAUGUGGAAAACAACAUUCACCUGAAAGGCUUACCAUCCUAUCUAUAUAAUAAAGUCAUCGGGUACAGUGGUGCAACUAUAAUAAUGGCAAUGAGUAAAACAAUGUCCUAUGUCUUUUUAGUAAAAUGA